AUGAGUCUGAACCAAUUUUCCGGUGGAGGAACUUGGGAGAAGUUGUCCCAGGUCGCUGUCAUGGGUGCUGUACAUGAUUCCCGCGAACGGCGGCCCCAUCCCAAGUGUUUAGAAAACACCCGUGUCGAGCUUCUCAAAUUCAUCUACGGAUUACUAGACAACCGAGAGAAGAGUCAACUCUUUUGGCUACAUGGCACGGCGGGUGUCGGAAAGUCCGCUGUUGCCUUCACUGUGGCUGAAAGGAUGAAAAGUCUGAAAGUUGAAGAGCGGUCGCCCAAUGAAAAACGGCUUGGAGGAACGUUCUUUUUCUCGCGCGAGCACACGAAACGCCGUACGACUGGUUAUUUCUUUUCGACGCUUGCGUACCAGCUUGCUAGAAACUUUCCCAGCAUCCGGGAGGAAGUGAAUUGUGCGCUCCGCGAGAAUCCAGCUCUUCUACACCGAAACAUGUCUCUUCGUGACCAAAUGGAGGCAUUGUUUCUCCGACCUCUCCGAAGGCUUCUAUUCAGACUACGCGAGUGUCCACCAUUGGUGUUUGUCAUUGAUGCCCUUGAUGAAUGCACAUCCGAAACCCUCGACGCUAAGAAGCAGAAGAAAAAGCAGAAGAAGACAUUCGACAAGUCCACAGCCGAAAGCGAGCUCGCUGAUCUCAUCUCCCUGCUUGGCCAAGCUCUUCGUGAACCUGAUCUGCCCGUAAUCCACAUUCUGCUCACGAGUCGCUCGGAAGAUCAUAUCCGAAAAGCCAUUCAGAGAGAAGAGAUGGAGGGCGUCGCUACCAUCAUCUCAUUAGACGGUGCAGAUGUUGACAAUGACAUUCAUAUUUUCUUGCAGCAUUGCUUUAGAGACCUGGAAAGUCGCCAUCCCGACUUCCCGCAGCCAUCCGGGUAUCAACUCACGCAGCUGGCGAGGCGAGCAGGCAGACGUUUUAUCGUCGCGUCAACGAUGGUUAAGUUUAUUGAUGAAAGGGCCCGGGGCAAAGAUCCUCGCGAUCGACUUCAGCUCAUGCUUGAGUUAACGAGCAAUCUGCUACUAGGGACAGAGGUAUACGAGUUAUACGACCGUAUCCUGUUCACAUGUGCCGAUCCCAAGCGGGCAUACCUGCACUUAUCGGUUGUUGCUGCUCUUGCGGACCCUCUGCCGAUCCUACAAAUAUCAAAACUUCUUGGCCCUGAUGAGGGCAGUGAUGUCGAGACAACACUGGUGCAGCUACGGUCUAUUGUGGACAUUCCUACCGACAGCAGUCUCCCCUACGAAAUAUCACCCCACCUCACUCACUACUCGCGAAUUCAUGUUUCCGCUUGA